CGCCUACAGCAACCAUUGGGAAACUAUAUAAGCGACCUUCGCCUUGGACACGCGCAGUUGCCUUUGACCUUUCACAACGCGAUAACCUCCACCAUGGAUACACCUUUCGACGAAUGGAGUACACACAACGUUCCCAUCGCAUCGAGUUCGGUCUUGCCCUUGGAUUCAAGCCCACCAGUAGCCUGCGACUCAGGUAGUAACAGUGCAGAUCUCAAUGGACGCGUUAGAAAAGAGCCAGUUAAGCGAGGGAGGCACGGCGAGACGUGGAAGGGGAGCAUGGCAAGGGAGUCUGGUCCUAGGCAACAGGUGGCCAUUAAGGCUAUCAAGCUGAAACCUGUACGAAGUGAAGAGUCUAUGGCGCUGAUCCAGCUAGACUCUGUCGCGGACCUGAAGGAUCCACUCCAGGAGUUUCUCAAGUAUGCUCGCGAGCGAGAGCUCAUCAGGCAUAAAAGCAUCGUACCCUUCCUUGGAGUAUGUACCGACCUCGACUUCGGUUCCACAGCACCUUCCUUGAUAUCGCCGUGGCACAAACUCGGAUCGAUUGAGGACUGGUGUAGUAACCCUCGAGCGCUCAACAGGGACCAUCGAGCCCACAAGGCAGAGCAACUUGCCGAAGCCAUACACUUCCUGCACUCCCGCGACAUCGUACACGGCAACCUCGUGCCCUCUAACAUCCUCAUCGACUCCUUCUACCGCGUCUGCAUCACCGAUUGGGAUCUAUGGCGCUUCGCCGAAGUAGACGAGACAGAAGCGAACUUGAAGGAGACGACCCAGUAUCUCGCGCCCGAGCUUAUACGUGCGUCACGGGAUGGGAGAAAGGAUGUGGAGAGAACAAAGGAGAUGGACAUGUACGCGUUUGGGAUAACAUGUCUCCAACUUCUGACGGGCAAAACGCCCUACCCUUCCAGAUACCUCGCAGGCUACCCUAAAUCCGACGAGGAAAUCGCCCGCCGUGUGCUCACUCAGCCUGGGUACCACCCUCACCGAGGCGACUUCCCGGAGCUCACGAGCUACGCGGCGUGGAGCGCACUUGAGAGUUGCUGGAAGCACGACCCUACUACACGAGCAAAUGCACGCGAUGUGAAGGAGUACUGGGCGGGGAGGCUGAGGGUGUCUAUGGACGAGCAGCCUCCUAAGGCAAAGCCUAAUCCUCAGAACCCGAAAGACGUCAGGAAGGGGAGCAGGGAGCAGGGCAGGAAGCGGUGAAGCUAGACAUCUGAUACCUUGUAUACUUGCGACACCCAUUGAAUCCAUCUAAACCUUUGCGAAGCC